CGUAUAUUCUUUUGCUAUAUAACUGUCCUAGUUGCUUGUGUCCUUAAGCAAAUUGUGGUGGCAAGUAUUCAGGUAUGGCUGUGCAUCCAUGGAGAUACACAUUCAGAGUCAUAAUGUGCUGUUUGGUACUAUUAUUUUUUGAUGGGGGGAUCCUAUUGGUGUAUUUUGUAGGAAAAAUAUUAAGCCCAGAUCAUCCCAAGAAAUACAUAGUAGAGGGAAGAGAUUCAGUAACUAGGGGGAGGAAACAGAGAAAGAGAAAAGGACAGAGAGCAAGCAAGUGGCAAGUGGGUCCAUCAAAGAUGUGCCCCUUCAGUAAAUGCAAAAAACUUACCCAGUGCGCCUUGUAAUUAGCUUUCUUGUGGAAACUAGCAAGACGCCUGAGCUCCCGCCCCUACUUGACUCGGGAUUUGUAACCCAGGUGAGCUUUACUACAAGCACAGAGGUGACAAACAGCAUGUGAGUUCAGGCCCAGUCUUUCUUAUAGAGUCUAGUGGGAAAGAAAUAGUAAGAUAAGAUAGUAAUAGAGGUCACACCAAGAACCUUGGACUUAUAUAAUGUAAGGAUUUGGGAGUAACGGGGAACAAAGUAGAUUUGCAUUUUACUUAGAGCCAUACUGACCGAAAGGGAGAUGAACGUUAAGGACAAGGAGACUGUAAAACUACAUCAAAUUGUUAGAGGAGGUCUAGAAAUCAAAGCAGCAAAUAGUGGCUUGAAAAUUUUUCAUUAAAUGUUUUCACUGUAAGUUGACAUUUCAGAGGUUCUUGGCUAAAACAGUCACCGCAGAAAUAUGGGAAGAGUAAAGGACUUGCUUUCUGAGUCACAUGUGAGUUACAGUGCCUAACAUUUUAAUAGGUGCUCGAGAUGACCCAAGGUUAGGUUACACAAGCAUAAAUGCCUCUAAUUCCAAAAGACACCGUAAGUGGCUGCUCAUGUUUGUGCUUGGGUUUUUAGUAGCUCAGUUUUAUUACACCUCUGAUAGUUUAAGUAUAUUCUAAACCAAGCACCAGAAGUCAUGACGACCUCAUUUUCUCACUUUUGUUCACACUACCGAAGUGAGGCUGCAGGCAAUGACAAAGGACAAAAAAAGAAUUACCAUCUGUAGACCCGUUUUAAGAGCAUUUCUCUUUUACUUUUAAAAGGUAAUCUUCAUGAGAAAAGGGGUCUUGUCUGCCACAUAAUGGGCACUCAGUAAUUAUUAAAUGGAUUAAUCCAUUUAACGCUGUACUUAGAAAGUACUGUGUGCAGCAUAGAUGAAGACCGGAUCUCAUCAUUGCCGCUUCCUGCAAAAUGCUCUGGAAGCCAUUUUCUGAUUUAAAGAGAGGUUUUUGUUUUUGUUAGGUGUAUAUAUGCCCUGAUGAUACUACUCAAUGUUGAUUUACAGUGGUUCUUGUUUUUUAAACACUUGAAAAUGGGUUACAAUGAAGGCUGCCUGGAAUCUGAUGAUCAUGAUUACGGUGUUGAUGCCCAGUACACUUGAGAUUAUAGACAUCCUGCCAAAAUGAUCUCUCCAAAGUCCAGACUUAUCAUACCUUAUGGCCUCACGACUCUGCUGGAGGGAGUUAGCAGAGCUAUUCUUAAGACCAAUCCGCCAAACAUCACCCAGUUUGCAGAAGUUUAUUUUAAAGAACUUACUGUAUUUAGAGAAGAGAAUACUUCUCUGGAUAUACAAGAUCUGGUUAAAAAGUUUCACCAGACUACAGUAGAGAGAUGGUCAGAAAGGACCACACAAAAGAAGAAACCAAACGGUGUAAAAGAACUGGAAAGAACAUCUGUAGUUUCCCAUGAACCUAAACGGUUGGAAAAAUCUACAGACACAGAGGAGGACAACGUAACCAGGCCACAAUGUAGUGAUAAAACCACCCAGUUCCCAUCAGUCCAUGCUGAGCUGCUCUCAGAGCCUGAGGCGGCAGCUGACACAGCUCGUGGUCCGAAGCCAUCCACCCUGAAGAUCACUAUCCCACCCCCAUCACCACCACCACUAACUCUCUCACCAGAGUUUGCCUACGUGCCAGCCGACCCAACUCAGUUUGCUGCUCAGAUGUUAGGUAAAGUUGCAUCUAAUCACUCUGAUUCAUCUGACAUUUUAAUGGUGGAUGUGGCUACAAGUAUGCCUGUUUUAUCCGAGGAGGCGCUGGGCUCAGAGGCUGAAGAUCACGCGGUAGCCGCUCCAAUUGCGUGUUCUGGAAAGGUGGUUGGGGGGGUUAUGAGCCAAACAUCUGUCCAUGUAGGUUUGGGUUCUGAGCCUAAAGACUAUGAGGGCAAACCACCAACAACUUCCUCAGUCCCCAUGCAGGAUGAACAAGAACCUCCUGCUUAUGAUCAAGCUGCUAAGGUUCCUUUGCAGGCUGAUAUUGUGGUUACAUCCAUCGUCCAUAUAUCAUCUAUCUCUAACAAUGAGCCUGUGAUUGAAGUUGUUGUUUCUGUUGAACAAAUACCACAACAAAGAGCUGUCCCUUUUACUGAUCACGUUGCUUGUCCUAAAGAACAUGAGCAGUCACCACCAGUUAGUCCCAUACUUGUAAGAGACAAGACGGCCUCAGGCGUGUCUGGAAAAUCUGUAGGUUCUGCCAAACUUGUACAGUUUGAGGAUACAAAAGGCGAUACCUCAGUAAAUGUGGAGGUGAAAGGCUCCACCACAACAGUAUGCUUGGAAAACUCCCUGCACCUGGAAGUCCCUUGCUCUCCUGGGCAGGAGUCCUGCGAACACGCAGCGUCCCGGGCACCAGAGGGCGAACCUGUGCUCCUUGGGGAGGCUGCAGGAGCGGCGCGCCCCGCUGCGUCUGUGAGAUCAUCCGGCGGCCCCCCACUUCCUGUUCCAGAAAUGGAACCAGAAUGGGAAACAGCACCUGAACCAGGUUUGAUGGAGUCGGCAAUAGCAGCAAGUGAAGCAGGACAACCACCACCAUAUUCUAACAAGUGGACCCUUUACUGUCUAACUGAUAUGAAUCAACAAAGUCGCCCAUCACCGCCACCUGCACCUGGGCCUUUCCCCCAAGCAAUCCUCUAUUUAUCUAAUCCUAAGGAGCCACACUUCCUGCAGCACCCACCCAAAGUCACUUCUCCAGCUUACGUGAUGAUGAAAGACAGCAAGAAGGGCAAUGCCCCGGCACCUUUUAUUCUAGUAGGGUCACAUGUUCAGGAGGCUCCGGACUGGAAACCUCUCCCUGGACAUGCUAUGGUUUCUCAGUCAGAUGCCUUGAAGAGAUAUGCUGUACUACAAGUACCCAUUGCUGUUCCUGAAGAUCAGAAAUUCCAGAAACAUACCCCAAAUCCCCAGAAUGGCAGUCCUUCUACAAGUGGACAAGAUGUCCCCAGGCCUCAAGGCCCGGUUUUUCUUUCCAUUGCUUUCCCAGUAGGAGAGGUAGCUGAAAAAGGUUCAGGAUCUAGUGACAAACAUACUCCCUUUGGAAGUUAUGGUAUUGCUGGAGAAAUAACUGUGACUACUGCCCAUGUUCACAAAGCAGAAACUCAAAACUGAUGCUGAAAAUGACACUGUUUGAAUCGACGUCCAAGUGAAGCCUACCACCACACGUAAUGUGUCAAUAAACUUCAUGCAAG